AUGGAACGGGUCGAGCACCGGCGCCCAUCUGCAUCAGAUCGACAACACACUGCCGGCCAAGUACAUCAGACGGCUCUACGGCUCUAUUUUAAGAAACUGAGCGUACUUACUACGCGGCUGCGAACUGGACACUCCUGGUCGUCAACGUAUACUAAGGCUUUUCGAUUCCGCCAUAACGACCUCUGCAUCUGGAGAGAACGGGAAAUUGCUCACCGCGUGUUGUUAGAUGGCCUAAGGUUAGGAGGAUUAAUGAAGGAACUCCGAAGUAAGGUUGGUGACGCGUUCAACAGCAUCUCGAUUCUGUUGAAGGGACCAGGAGAAGAAAGAAGAGCACUUCACGGACCAAGACAGUGGAUGCUGUCUUGGACUUCGCUGAAGUAUCGCAACGGUUUCAAAGCCGCGCGCCAUAAGGGCAGCAUGAAUAUACCGACGGCACAGAGGCCAUGGCAGACCUCGACGAGACUCUAA